GUCAAUUUUUAUCUUAACACACCCAAAGAUAUCAACAAUCUCUUUUAAAAGUCUCAAGUUAUCCCAUUCUCAUAUCUAGUUUCGCAUUUCGAUCAAAACACACAAAUUUUAUCCUUUAGUUUGCAAGCCGCUUUCCAAACGCGAAACGACCUUCCUUUUACAUUAUAAUACCAAUGGAGAAGCUACAAAAGAUGAUCUCCGAGAAAUCGGUAGUUAUUUUUAGUAAGAACACUUGCUGCAUGUCGCACACAAUUAAAACUCUCUUCUUAGACCUUGGUGUGAAUCCGACAAUCUAUGAGUUAGACGAGAUCAACAGAGCAAAAGAUAUAGAGCAAGCUUUGGCUCAGCUUGGCUGCAGCCCAACCGUGCCAGUGGUGUUCAUAGGAGGGCAGCUUGUCGGUGGAGCUAAUCAAGUCAUGAGUCUCCAUCUCAAUCGUUCUCUUAUACCAAUGCUUCAACGUGUUGGGGCUUUGUGGCUUUGAUUAAAUAAAAAAGGAAUACUUACGUACAGAUCGUAGCUUUGUGAUAAUUAAGGAUGAAAAAAUAACCUAUACAUGUCGGUAUGAAUGAUAUGUCUAUUAUCUAUGUUAUGAAAGGAUAGAUUUUUUUUUUUUUUUUGACCUAUGAAAGGAUAGAUUGUGAGGAUAUAUUUUGUAUACUUUAUACAUAAUAAUUUAAAAUAACCGUGCGUUGUAAAUUCAAA